CUGUUGAGCAAGCAUAGAACAGCUUAGCCAUAUCAGUCGAUCUCUCAUCGCAUCCUAACCACACACCUUUAUCCGCACCGACCACCCUCCCCUCUCACCCAUCACAAUGUCGCAGCAACAGCAGUCCGCCCAAAACAAGCCCGUGGAGCGCAAGCAAAUCGAGGCCAGCGAAGUCGAAAAGCACAACAAGAAGGGAGACCUCUGGAUUGUCAUCGAUUCGCUCAUCUACGACGUAUCCAAGUUUGCCGCCUUGCACCCUGGUGGAGAGACGGUCCUCUGCGACCCCGAAGUGGCUGGACAGGACGCCACAGAGGUCUUCUUUGGACUGCACAAGCAUGAGAUUCUCAUGAAGCCUCAAUACAAGAGGCUCAUCAUUGGACAGGUCUCUGGUGAGGAGGAGCAGAUUGUGCCACCUCCUGCUGGCUCGCCUUCCAAGGUCCCCUACGCCGAGCCCACCUGGCUCACCGAAAAGUUCCACAGCCCCUACUUCCAGGACCACCACCGCCACCUGCAGCGCGAGAUCCGCAAGUACGUCGACGAGCGCGUCCGCGAAGUAGCACAACGCUGCGAAGCCAAUGGCAAGCGACCUGAUGUUGACCUCAUCCAAGAGAUGGGCAAGAAUGGUCUCAAUGCCAUGCGAAUGGGUCCAGGAGAUCACCUCAAGGGACGAAAGCUCUUUGCCGAUAUCAAGCCGGAGCAGUUUGACUACUUCUGCGAGAUGAUCAUCACCCAGGAGCUCGUACGGAUGGGUGCCCGAGGCUUUGGGGACGGUCUUCAAGGUGGUAUGGUCAUAGGGCUCCCGCCCGUCAUGAAGUUUGGAAAUGCUGAGACUCAGAAAGAGAUCAUCGAGCCGGUUCUAGCAGGAGAGAAGUUCAUCUGCCUUGCUAUCACGGAGGCGUUCGCCGGAUCGGACAUUGUGGGCGGUCUCAAGACCUUUGCAAAGAAGUCUGAAGAUGGGUCGCACUACAUCGUCAAUGGAACCAAGAAGUGGAUCACCAACGGAGUAUUCGCUGACUAUUUCACCACUGCCGUCAAGACCGAUGAGGGUUUCGCUGUCCUCUGCAUUCCUCGCUCCGUUGGUGGUGUUGAGACGAAGCAGAUCAAGACUAGCUACUCGACUACGGCAGGAACUGCCUACGUCAUGUUUGACGACUGCAAGGUGCCCGCCAAGUACCUUCUCGGCGAAGAUGGAGCUGGUAUCCCCGUCAUUCUGUCCAACUUCAACCACGAGCGAUGGGUUAUGUGCUGCUCCACCAUCCGCUCUGCUCGUGCCAUUACCGCUCAGUGCAUGAUGUGGUCCCACCAGCGCAAGGCGUUCGGCAAGCCCAUUAUCUCCCAGCCAGUGGUGCGACAGACGCUCGCUUCUCUCAUUUCUCAGUGCGAGGCUGCUCAGGCUUGGCUCGAGAAUGUCACACAUCAGAUGAACAAGAUGGACUACUACGAAGUUGCAACUCAUCUCGCUGGACAGAUUGCCUUGCUCAAGUCCUGGUCCACUAGGGUCUCACACGAUGUCGCUGACCAUGCUGUCAACAUCCUGGGAGGUCGUGGAUUGACAAAGGGUGGUAUGGGAGGCUUCGUAGAGGAGUUCCACCGCACCUACAAGUUCGAUGCUGUUCUCGGAGGUUCUGAGGAGAUCCUUGCCGACCUGGGAGUGAGGCAAGCACUCAGGAACUACCCUGUUAACGAGAAGCUAUGAUCUGGGAGGUGCUGGAGGAUCCGGGACGCGUAUGAGUC